AUGAGCGACACUGCAAAGCAAAUGUUAUUGGGAAAAAACAAUGUCCUAAAGAUCGAGCCUUGUUCAUACCCGGCGUCUGGCGGCCAGGUUCGAGAGCUUUACAUGGCUUCUUUUCCAGACGAGCUGUGUUUGGUCGCCGCUACUCGCGACUUCGAUGACGUCCUACUGAGCGAGGGCCCGUUUAUCGAGGCGAUUUUUCUAAGUGAGAUCGAAGAAGAGGAAGACUUCGCUCAGACUAUAAGCGAGUACAACACACUACAGCUCGGAAUUCUCAAGUGUGCCUGCGAUCAUCGAAUACGGCGCAUCGGCCGCGAAGACUUCACCGAGCCCUUGACUACGACUAUCGACGGGCCUGCGUCACGAGAGCAUAACCGGAUUACGACUAGGAUACAAAAGGUGGUGUAUCCCGAGUGGUCACAGAACUUGAAUAACAACGAUUCAAGUAGCUGGUCAGGCAGCUCGUCAGGCGGUUCACCGGAUACCUCUGAUACGGAGGAUGCUGAGCUGGAGCGAAUCACUGCCAAUACUUCAUCUCCCAGCUCGCUUUCCAAGCAGUCUCACCGUCAUCGAAAUGAGAAGCACAUCGGAGGUCUCAAACGCGCUGUUGUCAAACUUGGAAGCCCAUCUUGGCAACGGCGAGACAGAUGGACUUGGAGUUCGAGGACGGCACUGUCAGAAGGUGGCAUCUGGUUCUCCGCUCCAGUGUCCACGGAGUUCAUCACAGACGUUGAAUUGUCAACCUUGUCUGACUGGUCCGUGUCUGCUACUACAUACGUCAUGGUUUCCUCGACUGAAGUCUUCCCUUUUUCGCGUGCAUCGAUGGCCCGGACCCAUGUCAACUAUUGGUCUAACGAGGUUGAAGACUCAGUUGAUCCAGCGCCUGAGCCGAACAGCACGGCGGCUGCAUCAAACGUUCAGGCAAAGAUUACGCAUCUUGAAUUUUACAAUAGCACUGAUACAAUUUCCUCCAACCACGACGCCGACAAUAAGUCUACCGGUACACCAAGUAAGAUCCCUUCCAGCGGCGCCAGAGAAGCGCAGUACGCCACUCUGACAACGCAGAAACACGAGGAUUCUCAAAAGCCUACUCCGUCCGCUCAGCGAAUCAUUACUGGUUGUAGAGUCACGAUGCCCAAGUCCAACAACCUGAUUACGGACCCUUCACAACCCAAUGCGAUUGCACUACUGAGCUCACUGCACAAGUACGACCACCUUGCCUCAUACCCCAAUUCCUCUUUAACUCUCACGAGCAGCAGGAAACACAGUCUGCAGGCGCAUCUUCUCGAAACGCCGUUCAGGCUCCGACCAAUACAAUCCUUCCACUCGCCUUAUCUACCGGUAUCAUUGGCGAGCCACGCGAGCUGUCGUCGGACACCCGCUCCGCCGCGCACCAAAACCACACAAACCGCAUUCUGCGCAGGAUCGCUCGGCCAGAUGGACACAACAUAUAACGCUCCAUCUCUCACGCCCACGAUCCUCACGCCCACGAUCCUCACACCCAGGAUCCUCACGCCCACGAUUCUCACACCCACGAUUCUCACACCCACGAUCCUCACACCCACACACCCGCCCCCCACCAUGGCGUUCGCAUCCGAAGACGCCGGGCCGACGGACACAGCGCAGGGUCUGUGGUGGAAGUUCUUCCUGCUGCUGAUCCUAGACUUUUUCGCGCUGGGCAUGGUGGCGAAGGCGGUGGCGUGGCCGCUGCAGGGCUUGGUUGUUGCGGUUUUGGUGCUGAAUUUCGGGAGGAGGGCGCGUGGGGGGGUUGUUGGGUGGGUUUGGGGGGAGGGGGAGCAUGGAGAGGGGGAAGAUGGCAAUGGGGCUAUGUAA